AGCCGUCAAGCAGAGAUCUCCAAAAUUCCUCGCCGGUCCGCCCGCCUUCGGCAAUCCGACCACUGAUCUCAGGAUGACAAAUUAUUAUGACAUUGAUGAUAUCUUAGCUGAAGAAGAGCUUGUUCGUGCUGUAUUUCAGAGAAGUGCCAGUGGAGUUGGGAUAUUUGAAUGCUCUGAUGACACAGAUAAGGUGGAACCUGGCACUGAAGUAGAAAUGCCUUUUUGGCUUGCAUGUGACCUAUUAGCAAAAGAAGCAGUGAGGAUCAUAGUUCCUUCAUGUUUUGACACCAAAACAAAGGAUGAAAUUGGAGCUGAUGCUGCACACGUGGAUCUGAGAGGUCGAUGCACCUUUUUUUAUGAGUUCGGAUGCAAGAUAGCAAGACUAAUUGAUGACAAAACAAUAGGGCCAUUGCUGUUGGUUGCGUUUCGGACGAGAUAUAAAGAAGUGCUGAUCAAGGCAUUUACUGCAGCAUCUACAGUGGCUAUUAAACAAUUGCCACUCCUAACACAGGAAGAGAUGAAAUUGUUCGAGGCUGGGCAAUCCUCAACAAUGGCUUUCAAGAAAUGGCGGAUGGGCGGACCUAGAAUGCAAAAAGCACACGUGCUUGGGAGGACGCGAAAGAGGAAGCCUACUUAGGCCCCAUCUUAGCAGUUUUUUCUUUGACCAAGGAGGAAUCACACCACGGAGGAGGCGACAUGAGAAACAGAUGAAAAGUAUGAGAAUCUAGUAUCCACACCUAGUUGUGGACGGUCGUCCAAUUAAAUUUCGGGCAUGAAA